UCUUUUUCUUCCGCACUUUUGCCUCUUCUACUUUCAUGCAUGAGUUGAUUUGCACAUCUCCCUUCGCUUUCACCGCUGCCAUUGCAUCUAAAACAACACUAAACCCUUCAAGCUUUUCGGUUCAGUGUUAAUGGCUUCCAUGAACAACUGGUUGGCGUUUUCUUUGUCAUCUCAAGAACUCCCAUCACAAUCCGUCGAUCAUCAUGACCACCAAACCACCGUGCCUCGCCUCGGUUUCAACUGCGACGAAAUCAACCAGUCCGAUGACUCCGGUGGCGAGUGUUUCGAUCUCACCUCGGCUCCUUCUCUCAAUCUCCCUCCACCAUUUGGCAUAUUUGAAACCUUCAAUAGAAACAAUCAACCCCAAGAUUGGAAUAUGAAGGGUUUAGGUAUGAACUCAGAUGGAAACUACAAGACGAGCUCAGAGCUUUCAAUGUUCAUGGGUAGUAGUUCAUGCAAUAGCCAAAACCAAGAACCAAAGCUCGAAAACUUCCUCGGAAACAACUCUUUCUCCGGUCAUCAACAAAACUUUCUCCAUGGUUGCAACGCUUUGUACACCACCACCGCCACCGGCGAAUACAUUUUCCCGUCACAAGACACAACAACAAAUGCAAGAACAACCAACGGAGAAGACGACAGUAACGCCGGUAAUAAUGGCGGAAGUAGCUCCAUCGGUUUAUCCAUGAUCAAAACUUGGUUAAGGAACCAACCGGCACAAGCGGAGGCCAAAAACAACGGCGGCGCUUCCCAAUCAUUGUCUCUUUCCAUGAGCACCGGCUCACAAACGGUCUCCCCUUUGUCUCUACUCGCCACAACAAGCACCGGCGGCGGAAGCUGUGGAGAGAGCUCUUCCUCCGAUAACAACAAGCAGGAGCAAAAGACACCGAUAUGUAUGGAUAUUGCCCCAAACGGUGCAAGUGAAGUGGCGCCAAGGAAGUCUAUUGACACUUUUGGCCAAAGAACUUCCAUAUACCGUGGUGUAACAAGGCAUAGGUGGACUGGUAGAUAUGAAGCUCAUUUGUGGGAUAACAGUUGUAGAAGAGAAGGACAAACAAGGAGAGGAAGGCAAGUAUAUUUGGGAGGGUAUGACAAAGAAGAAAAGGCAGCUAGAGCUUAUGAUUUAGCAGCACUGAAGUACUGGGGAACCACAACAACAACAAAUUUUCCUUUUAGCAACUAUGAGAAAGAGUUGGAAGAAAUGAAACACAUGACCAGGCAAGAAUCUGUUGCAUCCCUUAGAAGGAAGAGUAGUGGAUUUUCUCGGGGAGCAUCAAUCUAUAGAGGAGUCACAAGGCACCACCAACAUGGAAGAUGGCAAGCAAGGAUCGGAAGAGUUGCCGGAAACAAAGACCUUUACUUGGGAACUUUCGGUACGCAAGAAGAGGCAGCAGAAGCCUAUGACAUUGCUGCCAUAAAAUUCCGGGGAUUGAACGCUGUAACCAACUUUGAUAUGAGUCGAUAUGAUGUCAAGAGCAUACUCGAAAGCAGCACAUUGCCGAUCGGUGGAAAUGCAAAGCGAUUGAAAGACGUUGAGCAUGCCGAAAUGGCUUUAGGUUUACAGAGGACCAAUAAUGGUGCGGAUAACAUGAUGGUUACUACUCACUUGUCGGAUGGAAUCAAUAAUUACGGCGCGGCGCCAUCGCACCAUGGUUGGCCUGCCAUUGCAUUUCAACAAGCUCAGCCUUUCGGCAUGCACUACCCUUACGGACAACGAGUUUGGUGCAAGCAAGAGCUUGAGUCCAAUGCCAAUCACACCUUCCAGGAUCUUCAUCAACUACACCUAGGGAGCACACACCACAACUUUUUUCAGCCUUCUGUUUUGCACAAUCUAAUGGCAAUGGACUCUUCUUCCAUGGAACAUAGCUCCGGUUCGAACUCUAACUCGGUCAUAUACGGAAAUGGUGGUACUGGCGAUGAAAGUGCUAACUGUAGUUUUCAAGGAUUUGAGUACGGAGGAGGAUAUGUGAUCCCCAUGGGCACAGUUGUAGCCAGUGGCAGUGACAGUAACCAAAAUCAAACCAAUGGAUUAGGAGUUGACAAUGAAGUGAAAGCUGUUGGUUACGAAAACAUGUACGCAUCGUCUGAUACGGAUUAUCAUUCGAGGAACAUGUACUAUGCUUCGCAGCAAUCAUCGAUGACGAGUGGCCUGACUGCCUCGGCAUGCAACGACUGGGUGCCGACUGCAGUUCCCACCAUUGCACAAAGAUCAAGCAACAUGGUGGUCUGCCAUGGAACCCCAACUUUCACAUGGAAUGACACAUAAAAAGGAAGGGGUGGAUUGAAGUUAUGUAUACAUAUCUGAUUUCUUCAAGCUUUUGAUUUGCUUUCCAAUUAACUAAUUCAAGUAUUGAUUAGGAACAUAUUCUUUUGGCUGACAACAUUUUAUUUUGUUAAAUCUU